AUGCGCGCAAAGCGAGAGCGGGGCAGGGUGGAACGAGAGAGUGAUGUGGCGGGCAGCGCGUUUUCCGACCAUUGUGCUUGGCAGACGCCCUUUUUCCCGCCGUCCGCGGGUGCUGCAGUUGCGUUUGGUAAGCAUGCAGUGCUGCUGCGGGCGUCGCCCGAUGCACAGCCGUGCAGAAAGCGACCACGCACGAUGGUGCAUGCGCACGAUCGGUGGAAGCAGCAUAUUCGUCAAGCGCUGGACUUGUUGCUGCCCCCCACAGAGAGUGAGGGCGAGACGUUUUGUAGGCGGCACGUUGUGUUGGAGGUGUGUCACGUCUUGCGUGACUGCUGGCAGUUUCACGGGCGCCCACAAGACAUCUUUGAACCCGUACAUUCUUUGAGCCAAGUGGCGCAGCACCUGCUCACUACCUACGGCGGGUACUGUUUGACGGAGGACGGACAAUAUCUUUUCUUGCAAGCUGAGGAACGGAUGCCGUACGUGGGCUUUCUUCUUGUUGUGUUGCAGCAGCUUUUGGCGGAGUAUGACGAGAGCCGCGGGAAGUUGCAAACGGCGGCGAUGUGGCCCCACUAUCUCACACGGUUUGCGGGAGACAAUGGUGUGCGUCUCGUGAUUUUGAGACACGGUGGGUUUGACCGGCCGCAUGGACAUGUUAAUGCUGCUGAGCGCGAGGCAGAUGCGGGCGGACCUCCAUGUGGUGGGACUGGGCGCGUAUCGCUGCAGGCGCUGCUGCAUGAAGUGGUGGGAACCUCGAACGAACUCAGCGUGGCGCUGCUUGCAAACUUUCGUCUGAACGAGGAGGAUGCCGUUCCACUUGCCAAGAGCCUUUGCGCGGAGUGCUUUUCCGCUGGGUCGCAGGUCGGUGGUGACUGUGGUGUGAUGUCUCUGGUGUCUGGCACCGAUGCUGGGACGGCGUGGGCUGCGGGAGGCAGGUGCCCUGAUACCACUCCCAGGCAGGCUGUUAGCUGCGGCCGUUUCAGCACGCGCAGCGUGUCCGCCCACGCGCUUCUGCUUGGCCCCAUGGGGCCACUUUUGAUUCACUUGCAGCAACAUUGCCAUCUGUAUCCUCAGCGCGGCGGCAGUGACGAGGCUGAGGAAGUGCGCCUGUGGGAGUGGCUUCAGCGUUUUGUGUGCGUGCCGCAGCCUACUGUUAUUGUUCAGUGGGGCGGCAAUGACACGUCCACAGCGGCGGAUCCGCUUUCGCGCCUAACCAGCCUGAGUGAUGUCGGUGGCGGGGAUGGCUGUUCCUUGCGGAGGUAUCACAGCUUCUUGCCAGAGGCAGGCAAUAAUUAUAACCAUGUGUGUGGCAGUGAGCUCUGCGGGAACUCGCCGGUGUUGUAUGUGCGGGAUGCGACGCUGGCGCUGGAGUGCGCUACGAGUUCACCUGUAGGCGCUGGCGUGUGCCAAGUAUGGUGCGUGCGCAUGUCUCCAUAUUCCUGA